ACUUCCGGGAAAGAAUGGGCGGGUGGCAAAAUCUUUGCCUUUGGCAGGUUUCGUUUUUUUGCUAAACAAUUCAUCCUUUCGCAGCCCGGAAAGCCAGGCGGGUGAGGGCGUAGUGAUACCUCCACCGCCAGAGGAGACCAUUUCAAGCUCCCCAAUGACCAAGGCUGUGGUGAGUGCGCGACACCACGAGGAUUUUAAAACUUACGUGGAUCAGGCAUGUAGAGCUGCUGAAGAAUUUAUCAGUAUUUAUUAUGAGACAAUGGACAAAAGAAGACAUGCACUUAUCAGACUUUAUAUGGAUGAGGCAACUCUACUCUGGAAUGGAAAUGCUGUAACAGGGCUGGAGGCGCUUGCUAAUUUUUUUGAGACUUUACCUUCCAGUGAAUUCCAGAUCAAUAUGUUGGAUUGCCAACCAGUUCAUGAACAAGCUACCCAGUCGAAGACUACAGUUCUUGUUGUGACCAGUGGAGCUGUUAAGUUUGAUGGAAACAAGCAACACUUCUUCAACCAGAACUUCCUGCUGACUGCGCAGAAGACUCCUCACAACAUAGUGUGGAAAAUUGCAAGUGAUUGCUUCCGCUUUCAAGAUUGGGCUAGUAAUUAAAGGAACAAAAGCCAAUUCUAUUGGUUCAUUAGUUCCAGCAAGAGAAGUGUAAUGGGAAUUGAUAUAUUUUAUUGCAAAAAUGUAAUAUAAAGUAUUAUGUGCUAAAACUAAAUGUAUGUAAUAUUUUUUAUUCCUAGCGGCACCUUUGCUAAAGCAGCUGCCAGUCUGAAUUAUUGCUUUUAAAUAUCUUUAAAGAUAAUUUUUACAUGCCUUAUGACAUUCUCAAGGUAAUAGUAAACAUGAUAUGGGUACUAAGAUACUCACUGAGAACCCAAAUUAUUGCACAAAUGGAAUUGUUUUGUAAUACUAUCUAUGAGAUAGCACAACAUCGCUCUUUAAGAAGUAGUGAUUUUUCAGUUACUAGGUUAAUUUUUAAAUGAAGCACAUGCCUGUUUAUGAUUAACACUAGUAAUAUAGUACAUACUUAUUAUACUAUAUAUAGUAUAUAUGUAAUAUAUAUUAUAUAUAAGUAUAGAUUUUGAAGUCAGUUCAACUUAGUUUUACACUAGUGUUCUGACAUAUUUGAAUUAUGUGAGUUUUAUAGUCCAUAUUGUCUUUUUAGAUUGAGAUAUUCCCUUUUGAAAUACAAUAAUCAAGUAGAUGGGUGAAAAAUGAUCUUGUUUGAUACUUGAGUGAGUGCACUUAGUGGCAGUAACAACUUUGAAACAUUUUCUUGACAGCUUCAAUUCAGUAUAUUUAUGUGAUGAAUGGUAGUGAAAAAUAAAAGCUUUAAUGGGAGAAUAGGGAAUGAGAAAUGUAGAAAUCUAGGACUGAAGCCAAAAAUGAGAGAUGACCCCAUGGUCAAAUCAGUGAUUGUUUCCUACCUCCUGGAAGUGUAGCCUCGUUCUAGAAUUUGCAUCCCAGGUAUCUAGGAAUACUUGCCAAAUGGUCCUAAGUUCGCUAAGAAUUGUUCUAAGAAUUGGAUUUUAAGAUCCUUUUACUUCCCUUCAUGCCUGUCUCCAGUAUUCAUCCCCAUUUAUUCAAGAACUUAAGGGAAAGAUAUCAGCAGUAGACUUAACUUUGUCAUAUAAUCUAAAAGUUAAGAAGGGAAGCUACUGCUGCCUCUGGGAACCCUGAACUCCGAAGUCUUCCAUGCCAACUUCAGGCCCAAGUCCUGUGUGCUACCCACCAUCCACAUGAAUGAUAUUCACUUCUGGUUUUUACACUGGCCACUGUACCACCUGUUAUUUAAAAUUAAGCCUUUAAUUUUCUGAUUUGUUUUUGUGUAGCACUGCAUAAUACUAAAUACUAAACCAUUUCUUCCUGUGGAUAAAAAGAUCAGAAAACUUAGAAAAUAUCUCGUGAUAAACUUUAAAGUAACAAACUCAUUAACUUUAUGUAUUAGCAUCUAAAGACAGAAGAUACAGCUUUUUAGUUUCUAGAUAAACUUUAAAAUCCUUUACAAUUUUUAAGUAUUUUAAGCUAAACAUGCUAGUUUUGUUCUGCAAUACAACGAAAAUUUUUUAUCAUUCUUUUGUAAAAGCAGCAAUUUGCUUUGGCCCAGAAAUACACACUUAUAUUUUUACUUAAUGUACUAUUAAAGUUAAAUAGAAAGGAAUGGAACUGAUAUUUUAAACCAUGGCUUACCAAAACUUAUGCAUUCUAGUCUAUUCAGAGUGUGCUUACUCUUACUUUGAAUUAGUUUUUAUUUUCUUAACUACAUCUUUAGCAGAAACAAUUAAAAUGCCCAAAUACUAUCCUUUCUGUUAAUGGAGAACAAGCUCAAAAGCUGUGUAUAAUUAGCAAUAACAUCACUGAACCAUUGUGAAUUUCUUUAUCCAUACUCUAUAACUCCAUAAUCUGUAUGACUUUUAAAUGACUAGAACUACUCAUAUAUGGUCUCAACUGUA